GCGUAAAGUGCGACUGACCACAUUCACGUAGCAGGUUAGUCAAUUUUCUGCAGCGCAGGUACUCGCUAUGCAAAUGGCGUAGAGACAGCAUUCAUGACAGUGAAUGUUCUCGUAAAACUACGUAACACAACAUUUGCAAUAGGUGGCCAUGGUGGCCACGCAAGUAUUGCGAGCAUUUCAAUCAAACAUAAGAAAAAUCGUUUUGAGGAAUAAAUACACAGCGAAUAUAUAAAUCCGUUUCCCUGCAUUUGGCGGUGGUCCAACGCUGCAAGUUUACAAGACCGGUGUGUGUUGCUGUAUGAGUUGUGCGUGGGGUGUGUGUGUGUGUGAAGUCCAGACAUGGUAAAGCUGGAGCUAGAUCAGGUGGUAAUGAGGAGGAUGAGGGAGGAUGACAUCGAGACUGUCAAAGCUAUCAUCAAGGAGGGUUGUCAGGGAACAGAAAACCGUCUGAUCCUCCACAUCCUGACUCGUCCUGUCUGCCUCCUACUCCUGGCCACCGUCUCUUCUGUCCUCCGCUGCUUCCUUCACUCCUUCAUCCUGGCCCUCAUCAUCCCUGUCUUCCUGCUCAUUGUCUACCUCAAGUUCACCAUGCCACGCUCCACCGGAGUGCUGGGCACCAGCCGGCCCUACUGGGACUAUGUGGGGAGCAGUUACCGAGGGGCGCAGGACGAGACCCUCCCCUAUAGCAGGAUCAGUGGGAAACCCCCACCGGCAAAAGGCAAGGCCAGACGGAGGACCAAACCCAAGGCAGAGGACAAGGACAAAGACUCGUCUCCUGAGAUCAUAGACGUGGAGAGGGAGAAGGCAGCAGGGCAGGUGUGGGUGGCGGACUGUGAGGGAGAGAUCGUGGGCUGUGUGUCCAGGGAGGGUGACUGUCGUCUGGGGAUGAGGAGGUUCUGCAGGGUGGUGGUGGGCUGCUGGUACCGCCGGGAGGGCCUCGGCAGACUGCUGGUCCAGAGUCUGGAGCAGAGGGAGAGGCAGACGGGGGCCACGAGGGUCUACGCCCACGUCCCCUACCCCUCUGCAGUAGGAGAGGCCUUCUUCAGGAAACUGGGCUACAGGCUGCAGGGGGAGGUGGGCUACGAUGGGGAGGAAGAAGAGGAGGAUGAAGAGCAGCCGGAGAGGACAUUUCUGGGCUUCCAUGUCACCAAGGUGUUUGUCAAAGACCUCAAGUGAUGGAGGAGACAACAAAGGGAAUGUGGAAAAUAAGACAAAGAAGAGAUACUAAAGGGAAAUAGAGAGAGGAGUAGGAGGAGAGAUACUAUAGGGAAAUAGAGAGAGGAGGAGGAGAGGUACUAAAGGGGAAUAGAGAGAGGAGGAGGAGAUAUACUAAAGGGAAAUAGAGAGAGGAGGAGGAGGAGAGAUACUAAAGGGGAAUAGAGAGAGGAGGAGGAUAUAUACUAAAGGGAAAUAGAGAGAGGAGGAGGAGGAUAGAUACUAAAGGGAAAUAGAGAGAUGAGGAGGAGAGGUACUAAAGGGGAAUAGAGAGAGGAGGAGGAGAGGUACUAAAGGGGAAUGGAGAGAGGAGGAGGAGAUAUACUAAAGGGGAAUGGAGAUAGGAGAAGGAGAUAUACUAAAGGGGAAUAGAGAGAGGAGGAGGAGAUAUACUAAAGGGGAAUAGAGAGAGGAGGAGGAGAUAUACUAAAGGGGAAUAGAGAGAGGAGGAGGAGAUAUACUAAAGGGGAAUAGAGAGAGGAGGAGGAGAUAUACUAAAGGGGAAUGGAGAGAGGAGGAGGAGAUAUACUAAAGGGGAAUAGAGAGAGGAGGAGGAGAUAUACUAAAGGGGAAUGGAGAGAGGAGGAGGAGAGGUACUAAAGGGAAAUAGAGAGAGGAGGAGGAGAGGUACUAAAGGGAAAUAGAGAGAGGAGGAGGAGAUAUACUAAAGGGGAAUGGAGAGAGGAGGAGGAGGAGGAGGAGAGAUACUAAAGGGGAAUAGAGAGAGGAGGAGGAGAGGUACUAAAGGGAAAUAGAGAGAGGAGGAGGAGAUAUACUAAAGGGGAAUGGAGAGAGGAGGAGGAGGAGAGAUACUAAAGGGAAAUAAAGAGAGGAGGAGGAGGAGAGAUACUAAAGGGAAAUAGAGAGAGGAGGAGGAGGAGAGAUACUAAAGGGAAAUAGAGAGGAGGAGGAGAGAUACUAAAGGGAAAUAGAGAGAGGAGAAGGAGAGGUACAGUGAAAAGAGGGGGACUACCUCUCCUCUCUUAUCAAGGCAAUAAUGAGGGUAGAGUCUAACUAAAAUGUUGGAAGACAAUGGACAAUUUAGUGAACAGAACCUUACUUUAAUUAUGUUUUUUCCUCUCCUGAUUUAUAGUAUGUAUUUAGUUAUGUAUUGCUUUUACAGUUGUCAUUGAGUUCUUAUUCAAUGUAAAAUAUGUCUGGCUGGCUCUUUAUUUGUAAAAACGUGUUUUUAUUAAUAAGUGAUUUUGCAAAUAAAUGUGUGCGUACGCGGGGCUGUGUGCACACCUGUGUCAGGGAGAAUACA